AUGGCGUCGGCGAUCAGAGCAUGGAUCAACUCCCCCACGGGCCCCAAGACGACGCACUUCUGGGGGCCCGUCGCCAACUGGGGCUUCGUCCUGGCGGGCCUCAACGACACGAAGAAACCCGAGGAGCAAAUCAGCGGGCCGAUGACCGGGGCGCUCACCGUCUACAGCGGUCUGUUCAUGCGGUUCGCGUGGAGGGUGCAGCCCAGGAACUUCAUCCUGCUCGCGUGUCACACGGCGAAUGCCUCAGUCCAGGUGAGAGCCCUUUCC